CAGACCCAGUUCUGGAUCUCGGGCCAGUAGGGCAUCGGCACGACGAGGUUAAGGGAACGUUUUCGGCGUUUUUAAGACAAACCGGCAUUUUUAAGUUUGGGUUUGUUCGUAUUUUUGCGCUUAGAAAACUGCUGUUACAGUUGUAGUUACACUUGUUAUCAUUUUAUCACCAGUCCAAGGCUUUGAGGGAUGUUUUGUCUGCAGAAGUGAAGAACAACAAAAAGCUUUUCGAUAUGCUUGUGAAUAUUUUCGGGUAAAAGUCGUCAUCUGAGUAUUUUAAACCCUCUUUCGGGAUGGGUCAGCGUCUCAGCGACGAUUCAGACGAUAAGGAGAUCGAUGUAGCCGAGCUGCAGGAGUGGUAUAAGAAAUUUGUGGUGGAAUGCCCAAGCGGGACCCUCUUCAAACACGAGUUCAAGAGCUUCUUUGGUGUGACCGACAACCAAGAGGCAGCGGAUUACAUCGAGAACAUGUUCCGAGCUUUUGAUAAAAAUGGGGACAACACUAUUGAUUUCCUGGAAUACGUCGCAGCCCUGAAUCUGGUACUGCGAGGCAAACUGGAGCAUAAACUCAAAUGGACUUUUAAAAUGUACGAUAAGGACGGCAGCGGCUGUAUCGACAAAACAGAGCUCAAGGAGAUUGUGGAGUCAAUCUACCGAAUGAAGAAGGCGUGUCAUGGAGAGCUGGACGAGGAGUGUAACCUACUGACCCCAGACCAGGUGGUGGACCGGAUAUUUGAGCUGGUGGAUGAGAACGGAGAUGGGGAACUCUCUCUGGAUGAGUUCAUUGAUGGCGCGCGGCGUGACAAGUGGGUCAUGAAGAUGCUGCAGAUGGAUGUGAACCCAGGAGACUGGAUCAACGAGCAGCGGCGGAGGAGCGCCAAUUUCUAAAACGCCUCCAACACCCCAAUUCCCAAAUCUUCACCCAGUCCAUCAGCAUCUUACGAUUGACCAAAAACACCAUUAGCUGUGGGGAAGUGCACUGAGUGAUGGUAGCAGGAGAACACAGAGGGAACCUGAAGCCUUUUUUCUUGAGUGAAAAAUGACUUUUUUAAAGGGUAGAGCCAGAUAGAGGAAUAGGAGGAAUGAAAAGGAAAUUAACUUUUAGGAUCCUUAUCCCCUUUCCUCAUCUGUACAACUUCAAACGCGACAGCCCCUUCACUCUCUUUAAAAUUUUAUGUGAUUUCUGUUUAAUUCCAUUUGUUCUGAUAUGAGACUGAAAACUACUGCUACUCUGCUAUAACACAUUUAGAUUUCAUUUAGAUAAAUUCUGUAUGAUAUCACUGAUUUUAGUCAGAUUCAAUAAGUUAAUAAGUUAAACAUUAACUUUAAAUGAAACUGUCUCUAAAUUGUUUUUUUUCUGUAUAUAUUUACAUUUAUUUAUGAAAAAAUACUAAAUGUUUGAUUUGUUUGACUGCAGUAUGAGAUAAUGAUGUGUAUUGAUGUGUGUCAGCGGAUUGAAUAACAACUGAUAAAUAAAGUUAUGAACCAUAUGGCUUAAAAGUGCAUUUCAAUCACUUAA